GAGGCGAGCACACUGUACAGCUGCAUGAGAGAGAGAGAGAGAGAGAGAGUAGAAGAAGAGAAGCCAAUUGGAGGGAGCUCUAAAGCUGGUGACAAGUAGAAGAAGAGGACAUACUCGUAUUUUUUCCCUCCUCCUUUAUUUCCCUGAAAGGCCACUCCAGGAUCAAGUGGCAGGCGUUCAGUUUGAGCUGAACUUCACUUGGCUAUGCUGCUGUCUCAGCCCCUUUAAACACUCUCCUGCUGGUUCUCACUUCUGUAAAGAGAUAGUACUGGUCAGUCAUCCCGGGCAGAAGGAAGAGGGUAGGAUCUGUUGGCUGGUUUCUGCAGUGUUGGGGAGCUCCGCAGGAGAGCAGAAUGCCUGCUGGAAAAAGAGGGGAUGGAGCUGGGUCAGGAGGCUGCGGGACGAUCGCAGUGGACACAGGCCGGGCUCCUCAAUCUUGGAUGCAGGUGGUGUUGGCGUGGAGUGUUACGGUGCUGUUGGCAGGUCACGGAGGUGCAGAGGCGUGCCCCACUCCCUGCAGCUGCCUGAGCAACACGGUGGACUGCCAUGGCCUGGGGAUCCACACUGUGCCCAAAAACAUCCCCAGAGGCACUGAGAGGCUAGACCUGAAUGGAAACAACCUGACAGUCAUCACCAAGACAGACUUCUCGGGUCUCAAACACCUCCGAGUCCUUCAUCUGAUGGAAAACCAGAUCAGUAACAUUGAGAAGGGAGUGUUUGAUGAGCUGAAGGAGCUGGAAAGACUUCGCCUGAACAAAAACCGUCUCAGCCAGCUUCCAGAGCUGCUCUUUCAGAAGAAUGAAGCCCUGUCUCGACUAGAUCUAAGUGAAAAUGCCAUCCAAGCCAUCCCGAGGAGAGCUUUCAGAGGCGCAACAGACCUUAAAAACCUUCAGCUGGAUAAAAACCAUAUCAGCUGUAUUGAAGAGGGGGCGUUCAGAGCUUUGCGAUCUCUAGAAGUCCUCACACUGAACAACAACAACAUCAGCAGCAUUCCAGUCUCCAGUUUCAAUCACAUGCCAAAGCUCCGCACCUUUCGUCUCCACUCUAACUCUCUGCGCUGCGACUGUCAUCUGGCUUGGUUGUCUCCAUGGCUACGGCAGCGGCCAGCUUUGGGCCUCUACACUCAGUGUAGCUCUCCUCCCACACUGAGGGGCCUCAACCUGGCCGAGCUGCGUAAAAGUGACUUUGCCUGCUCAGGUCACAGUGGCAGUGCCUUCGUUCAGCCAUGUAGUUUAGCAUCUGGGUCCUGUCCUCCAAUGUGCUCCUGCAGCAACAACAUCGUGGACUGCCGUGGGAGGGGCCUAACUGCAAUCCCUGCCCACCUCCCUGAGGGUAUGACUGAGAUACGUCUGGAGCAGAAUGGCAUCAAGUCGGUUCCCCCAGGCGCCUUCACAUCCUACAAGAAGCUCAGGCGAAUUGACCUGAGCAACAACCAGAUAUCUGAGAUCGCUCCUGAUGCUUUCCACGGCCUCCGAGCUCUCAAUUCACUAGUUCUGUAUGGCAAUAAGAUCACUGAGCUGCCCAGCGGAGUGUUCGAUGGGCUGGCCUCUCUGGAGCUGCUGUUGCUGAAUGCAAAUAAAAUCCACUGCAUCCGAGCCAACGUGUUCAAAGAUCUGGAGAACCUGGCUCUUCUGUCGCUGUACGACAACAAGAUCCAGAGUUUGGCCAAAGGCACCUUCAGCUCACUGCGCAGCAUCCAGACACUACACUUGGCCCAGAAUCCCUUUGUGUGUGACUGUAAUGUGAAGUGGCUGGCCGACUUCCUGCGUUCAAACCCCAUAGAGACCAGCGGUGCACGCUGUGCCAGUCCUCGCCGCCUUGCCAACAAACGCAUCUGCCUGUUAGUGCACCAGCCUACUGCCACUGACAGGCGAAUGCUUCCAUCUCCACAGCGUCUCAACAACAAUGACCUCUCCGUGCUGGAGGCCACAGGAGCCUUCAAGGGCCUCUCACAGCUUAAGAAAAUGUAUCUGGAUGGUAACCAGUUCACCAGCGUUCCCAAAGAGUUACCUGCUUUUAAAUACCUGCAGCUUGUUGAUCUGAGCAACAAUAAAAUCAACUCCCUGUCUGACGAUUCCUUCUCCAACAUGAGCCAGCUCACCACACUGAUCCUCAGUUACAAUGAACUGCGCUGUAUCCCUCCUCUGGCACUGGGUGGCUUGCGCUCGCUUAGACUGCUCUCUCUCCAUGGCAACGACAUCUCUGAGCUGCAGGAGGGUAUCUUCAGUGAUGUGGUCUCCUUGUCUCACCUAGCAAUUGGAGCCAACCCGCUGUACUGCGACUGCCGUCUGCUGUGGCUGUCAGAGUGGGUGAAGAGCGGCUAUAAGGAGCCUGGUAUCGCCCGCUGCGCUGGCCCCCGCGGCAUGGAGGGCAAGCUGCUGCUCACCACGCCUGCCGACAAGUUCCAGUGUGUAGGUCCGGUGGAGUCAUCUGUUCAGGCCAAAUGUAGUCCGUGUGUGUCUUCCCCCUGCCAGAACCAGGGCAUCUGCAAAGUCCACCACACACAACAGUACACCUGUGUCUGCAAGUCUGGCUUCACGGGCAAACACUGCGAGACUCCAGUCGAUGCCUGCGUCAGCAAUCCCUGCACCAACGGAGGAACCUGCCUGAGUGAUGAGCAGACUAGAGGAUUCAGCUGUGCAUGUGCUUUUGGUUUCCAUGGCACUUUUUGCGAGGUGAACGUGGACGAUUGUGAGGACCACGGUUGUGAGAGUGGCGCCACCUGUGUCGACGGAGUUGGCAACUACACCUGCUUGUGCCCUCCAAACUACACGGGUCUGCUGUGUGAAGAAGAGGAAGGCGUUUGCUCUCCAGGUAGAAACCCCUGUCAGCAUCAAUCCACCUGCGUCAGCACUCCAAACGGCCCCAGGUGUGUAUGCAUCCCAGGGUGGGUGGGGCCAGACUGCGGUAUUGAUUAUAAUGAGUGUGUGGAUCAUCGAUGUCAGAAUGGAGCCCAGUGUGUUGACCAUCUGGACGGCUACAGCUGUUCUUGCGACCCUAGAUACAGUGGUGAGUUUUGUGAGGUGGCCCUUCCUGCCCCGCUGCCUUGCCAGCUUGCUCAGUGUCAGAACGGUGCCCUCUGUGAGGAAAAGCUGGGGACUGCAGUGUGUCAGUGCCUGCCAGGCUUUGAGGGUCAGAACUGUGAGAAGCUGGUCAGCGUCAACUUUGUUGACAGGGAUUCUUAUGUUCAGCUUCAAGAUGUCAAAAACUGGCCUCAAACGAACAUCACGCUACAGGUGUCAACAGCAGAGGAAAAUGGUAUCUUGCUCUAUAACGGGGACAAUGAGCCAAUCGCUGUGGAGCUCCAUCAGGGUCAUGUCAGGGUCACAUAUGACCCAGGGAACCAACCUGCCACUGCUAUCUACAGCACAGAGACUGUCAACGAUGGGCAUUUCCACACGCUAGAGCUGGUGACCUUUAAUCGGAUGGUGAACCUGUCAGUGGAUGGAGGAGAGCCAACAACACUGGACAGUCAGGGAGGAAGUCGUCCAGCAACAGGGGAGGCCCAUCUGUAUGUGGGAGGUAUGCCUGAGGAAGUGAUGCCAGCCUCUCUGGGUCUCUCCUCUCAGACCCUCAACACGUCAAGCUUCCACGGCUGCAUCAGGAACCUUUAUAUCAACCACGAGCUGCAGGACUUCACUCGCAGCCACAUGAAGCUGGGGGUGGUGCCGGGCUGCAAAGCCUGUCGCAAACUCUACUGCCUGCACGGCAUCUGCCAACCCAACGGUCCACAGGGCCCUCAGUGCCACUGCCAGCAAGGUUGGACAGGACAACACUGUGACCAGCCAGUAACAGGAGGUCUUACUAGAGUGGAUGUUGUCACUCUAGCAGCUGGUGCCAACCCCUGUGAAGGCAGCAAGUGUGCGAAGGGUGUGUGCGUGGUGCUGGAUGCAGAAACGUACCGCUGCGACUGCGAGGAGGGAUAUUACGGUGCGCUGUGUAACCUCCAGAAGGAGCCCACGGGCUCAUGCCGGGGUCUGAAGUGUCUGCAUGGCCAGUGUGAGACGACAGAGGACGGAGAAAGGUGCAUCUGUGAGCAGGGGUACACUGGAGAGAGCUGUGAUAUAGAGUCCCCAUGUCGAGGCGAGCCAGUCAGGGAUUACCACCGGCUGCAGCGUGGCACCAUCCUCUGCCAGACGUCAAAACCUUUUUCCUGGGUUGAAUGUCAAGGUCGCUGCCAAACGACAGCGAAGCCGGACAUCAGCGUCGCCUCCUGCUGCGCUCCUCUGAGGGUGCGACGCCGGCGGCUCACCUUCGAAUGCGACGACGGCACCUCGUUUACGCAGGACGUGGAGAAGCCCGUGGAAUGUGGCUGCAAGGAGUGUGUGUAGUACCAGUGGUGCACACACGCACACAUCCAGACACAUAGUUUCAAUCACAGCAGACACACACCAAGCUAAACAGGUACACACACUGUAGGAUUUGUCUCACUGAAAAACAGACAUUUUUUUGGUGUUUUGUGCUCAGACGCAGUUUUGUAACAUAAGACACUUCUUCCCUUUCGAGACAUGAAAUCAACGAGUCGACCUCAUCAUCAUCAACUUCCUUUUCUUCACCUGCUGUAGGAGAACCUUCUCUAACUACCAAACUCCAGCUCAUUAGUCAUACUUGUGUGGUGAGAAGCCUCUGUAUGCCUUCUCUUUGUUCCCCCAAAAAUCGCAACAGCAAACAGUGACUUGUUGGAGGAGGUAAAGGCGCUAAUUCUUUCAGGACUCAUUUACAAUAAAGAAGCUUUGACGUUCAAAAUUGAUGCGAGAAUUACUCCAUUUUUUCAGCAAUGCAAAACAUCUACCAAACCAGAUUUAAUUAUCUUACAAUAUCACGUUCAACAGUGUUGUUACAGAACUUUAUACGAUGAUCUGCUACUGAAAUUCUCAACCUGCCAUCAAGCAUCAGAAAAAUGCUCAGUGACUUCUUCACUAAAGCUCAGACUUCUGUCAUAUCAAUCUGGUUCCUUUCAAAGUAGUCUCAAUUUAGGACAAUAAGCACAAAUUUGACCUUUUUAUGGUCAAGUGCAGUUAUUUAAUUUAUAUGUAAGAGCUGUGCAAAUUUCCACUUCAGUCUGGCAUCUAAAUUUAUAAAACUAUCAAACUUCAAUGAUCUGAAUAAUAUCACCUAUAACAAUUGAUUGACAGGAUCACUAGACACUUUAUAGCAAAUGCUUCUUAAAAAAUACUAAAUAACACGAAUGCUAAUAAAACAGGCUUUUAUUUGUGCUUUGGAUAUAUAACUCUAUAGUGCUUCUCUUUCUGUUAUAAUAAACCUGUUGGUAUUGGUCUUCAGAUCUAUCUUGUCAAGGAAAUCUUUUGAAAUACUGCACAAUACUAACAUUCUCAUUUCACAACAUUAUAUUUCACAAAAAAUUAAGA